AUGGAUGACAUCAUAUAUGAUAAACUGAUCACUGGAUCACAAUCUAGAUGCGACUCAGGAUUUGGACACGCACUAGCCAAACAUCUCGAUAAAUUGGGCUUCACUGUCUUUGCUGGAGUUCUGUACUUAGAUGGACCUGGUGCUGAGGAUUUAAAGACGAGUGGCUCAAACAGACUUAUGGUGCUGCAACUGGAUGUCACCAGUUCGGAACAGAUAGUUAAAAGCCACGCACAAGUAAAAUGUCAACUGAAAAACAGAGGACUUUGGGCUUUAGUGAAUAAUGCGGGUGUCCUAGAAUUUGUUGCUGAUGCAGAACUUCUUCCCAUGACUAUUUACAAGCGUUGCAUGGAUGUGAACUUCUUUGGGGCUGUGGAACUCACUAAAAUGUUCCUUCCAUUGCUCCACCAAGCAAAAGGCAGACUAGUUACCAUCUCAAGCAUAGCAGGAACUAUACCACUGCAAGGGUAUGCAGCAUAUGGUGCCUCAAAAGCUGCCCUGACCAUGUUUUCCAAUGUUUUGAGACAAGAACUUGCCAUGUGGGGAGUCAAAGUAGCUAUCAUCCAGCCUAGUGGUUUCAAAACAGGUUUAUUUGGCACCACAUGCCAGUGGAACAACCAGCACAGACAAAUUAUGCAGCAGCUGUCUCCUGAUGUUAAAACAGCUUAUGGUGAAAACUACAUAAUUGCACUCAAAGAACAGUAUGGUAAAUGGCAGGCCAAUUUGCAAGGUGAACUACAACCUGUUCUGAAUGAUAUCUCCAUUGCACUGAGAGCAAAGAACCCCAAGAGCCACUACUUCCCUGGAACAGCUGCUAUCUUUCUUCCAAUCAUCUAUUACUACCUUCCCUCCUGUUUGUCUGAUAUUAUUUUUUAUCACUUACUCAGAUCAGGUCAGGGUGUACCAGAUGGAGUAAAAGAAACUGGAUAGUAAGCCAUACUGAAUUAGCACUGACAGUUAAUUUGUACAGACAUUAGCCGACUAACAAAUUCUACCUUACAAACUUUUCAUAUCGAGUACUCAGUUGCACAAAUUUUUAUAGAUAUAACAUUUUCUGUACUGACCAGAGAAUAGGCAUUGUCCUAUUCUAAAGUUUGAGAUCUGAGUGAGCAUUUCAUUUUCCAGCAUCAUUCAGCAACAAUAUUACAAACUUUUACAAAUCGAUUGAACUAUUUGUAUUCAAUAGAGCAACUCCAAAUGAUACAGCACAGAGAGAAAGAAAGAUCCUUUUUAGAGUAAGGAUUCUGCACUGAGACCUAUUAAGAUACCACUUGUACGGCUGCAUUUAUUCUUUUAACUUGUGUGUCACUGUGCCAUAGUGUCACGUGAGUUAUUGCGACUGAUCUAGACAUUUAAUAAAAGGAGUGGCGAAAUACAUCGCAAUGCAGAAUGCUUCAUUUCAAUAUUGCUGAUAAAAGACAUGUUCGUUGAAGAUUUUCAUCUCGCAUUGAUCAGAACAAUUUGCAAAAAGUACCAAAAUAAACGGGAAACAACAUUUAUUCUGGAUUUGUAUUGUAUUCAUACGGUGUAAAUGUUAUUUAUGUGGAGACAAGUAGUGUUGUGGAAGCAGGGAUGCUGCA